AUGAUCAAUAAAACAUCAAACGUCAAACCAGAGAGACAAGCACUAAUAGAAGAUGGCCGGCCACCGACUCGGCAUGAAGGAAAAGGAUCAAAUGUGAUAGCAUACAUGCAUCUUGUAUGCGUUGUAGCUGGAUCAGGAACGUUAGGAAUGUCGUACGCUAUUUCUCAAGGCGGAUGGGUCUCUGUGAGUUUGUUAAUACUGGCCGGGAUAAUGUCCGCUUACUCAAACAACAAGCUGAUAGAGAGUUUAUACUAUAAUAGUCAAACUCGCCGAAGUUCCCUGAGCCAUAUUGCUCAAGAUGCAUUCGGUAAAGCCGGCACUUAUUUCGUCAGCUUCCUCUAUGUCGUCAUCCAAUUCGGAUGUCCCAUUCUGUACCUCAUCCUCUCCAGUGAUAACCUUAAAAUUCUGUUGACAAAGACUGGAAUAGACAUCAGUGUUAAUUCUUGGAUUUUGAUUUGUGGAAUUACAAUAUGUGUGCCGUUUGUGUUCAUCAAAAACUUGAAGGAAGGAGCUUGGUUGAGGCAGGAUUUUGAAAAGGACAACAGCAUAAUGGUGAUUUCGAACAAGGGCUAUUUGAACAAGAACUUUGCUGUAGGCGAUACACUUUUCUUUGGCGCUCUCUCAACAGCACUUGUCGUCUUUGUCGUAUGCAUAAUAUCAUUAAUGGAAUAUCCUCAUAACCGUUCCAACGAGCAUGACUUCGUCAAUAUACGUAACAUCCCCAUUGCCAUGGCCACGUUUAAUUUUGGGUACGGUGGUAAUGUGAUAUAUCCAAAUAUCGAAGCAGGGUAUGUUGGGGUUUGGCGUACAAGUGAUGAGAAAUGUUGGAGAGAGGUGGGAGGUGGGUCGGUCUUUGGAGUAGGCGUGAUGAGAAUGUUUGGAAGCAUGCGCACACCAGCUUCUUGGCCGAGAGUAAAUGCUCUUGCCAUGAUUACCGUGACUGCGUUCUACCUCCUAAUAGGCAUACCAGGUUACCUCACCUAUGGCCACUCUACCCACUCUCCCAUUUACAACAACCUUCCGGCAGGCAUUUCAGUAACGCUCUCAAUUGCCAUGAUCACAAUCCAUGUACUGCUUGCGCUACCUAUUUACUUGACAUCCUUCGCUUUGGACAUUGAGAAACUUUUCAAGAUUGACAAAUCCGUAAUCGGAGCUAGGAAUGAGUUUGCGUAUAGAGUGCUCUUAAGAGUGCUUUUGAUGAGCUUUGUAAUCUGGGUUGCAGUGUCGGUGCCGUUUUUUGCUGAUUGGAUGUCAUUUUUGGGUGCGAUGGCUAACGGGUUGUUAAUUAUAGUCGUUCCUGUGGUGAUAUGGGUGAAACUUGUAGGGUGGGAGCAAGUGAAACUUGGUGAAAGAUUGUGGAUUGUAGCAAGUCUGGGAAUUAGUAUUGUUGGUGCUUGUGUUGGCACAUGGGAUGCUGUCGUAGCAUUAUGGAAAGAUAUUGCAAAUGGGUGA